ACAGUGUAAGUGUAACCACUCAAUAUUCAACACAAGUCACACCCCCGAGUCCACCGAUUAUUUUAUUGUUACCGACGCUGGCGAAAUGUAGUCUUGUUUAGCAGGGGUUGGACAUUUUAUUUGCAAGAUGAAAUUUUGAAGAGAGAAGGUCGGAGAACGUACUUUGGUCCAGAAUUUACAAUCAGCUGAAUGCGUUUCUGAAAAUAAUUAGAUAGCACGAAGAAUAUUAAAACAAAGCAGAAGCGUCGGGUUUUCGUUCAGAAGGUAGACAAAUCUAUCUUCGCUUUCCUGACAAAGCCCGGGGUACUUCGAGAAGUCGGUCCUGUAAAAGGCACAGUUAGAUAAGUAACCACCGCUGGACCCGUCGGAUAGAAUUCAAUUCGCUGCAAAGCUCCUGUCGGUGGGAACUAGCGGUUCUACUUUGUGCAGCAACGACAUUGUUUCGCGGAUUGUUGCCGAACAGAACUGCAACAUUUAUCAAUCUAAAACCUAAAGGCGAAGCUUCUCGGGGACCAUGUUAAUGAAAGGCGAGGUCCCCAGGGAGCUCUUUUUUGUUAAAAAGUGCGCUGAGUUUUACGGCUGGUUAACAUGUAAAACAUAUACAGUACGCUCUAUGGUUGUACACGUUUCCUUCUCCGUCUCAAUCAAGGUUCCCAUUUUAGAGAAUUAUUUACUUUACAAAGUGGGUUAGCAAAAUUAUCUGUAUCUCUUAAAUUUUACUCCUUCAACACAUAAAGCUCAUUUCUAUGCAGGAAAACACCACAGCUGAGCAAUAUAAUGUUUUGGCAAUUGCAUUCUUGAUAAUGAGACGAUAAGAGCGAGUUGUCCAUGAGUUCAAGAUGAGUAAGGAUGUAUCCAGAUUCACCAUCGCUCAAUGUUCAGAACCUUCGUGCGUGUUGUAUUUGAAUCCUGUUGUUAUUGGUAUUCUUUGCUGGGACAAUUUACCUCAAUUGGUGAAAGUUUCCUGUGGCAAAAGGUUUACAACCACCGACAACUUUCUUUAGUCCGCCUUUCACUCUUUGCUUGGAGUAAUCUCAUGAGAGAUAUCACAGUGACAUCCUUCAUUUUAAUUUAUGCGAGAUACGUUUGAAAUAACAAAAAUGACAAUUAUUGUUCCUUCCCGCUGCGGGGGAUGCUCGAAUAUCUAAAUAUUUCACACAAAUUGUGGUCUUUAUAUUCGAGUAUGAGCAAACUAAAGGAGACAAAAGAUUGUUAUCGAACCCACCCACUCCCCUUAAAAACUUAUCUUCCGAUUUAAAAUCACGACCACCAUGAUACGUGCCGAGUGAUGGAGAGUUUGGUGAACGCGGGUCAUUUUCCGCAAUGGACAUCGGUAUCAGCCUACAACCGAUCCCUCGCUUGGGCUCUUCAGUUCAUCCCCUCGUGUGAAACGGGAAACGGUGGAAUUUUAUGGAUGUAAUGUUAAAUAAGUCUCCCAGAAAAUGUGUAUAAGAACAGUAAAUGAUUAAUUUCCUUUACAUGCCAACCAACACAAGUAUGGAAAAGAGAGGCCUCACACUAUAAAGUGAUUUGGUGCUUCGUUGUGAAGAUGUUUGCAGUGCUCUCAGCGCUCCAUUUUCUCACACUCUGUGGCUCAGAAAUCUCAGCCCAACCCGAUACAACCAUUAAUGCCAUCGUUGGACAAGAUGUUCAUUUCCCUGUGGAGAAUCAGUGCGAAGAUCAAUUUGUAGUAACAUUUCAGUUACUAUCCCCGGUUGAUGCAGUUCUUGCCUCGCGGGGAAUGAACUUGUCUGGGACACAGCACCCGCUGUACAAGGACAGACUGUACUGGAGCGCGAAUGGUUCCCCGGUGCUGUCCAAAGUGCAGGUUAAUGAAAGUAAACGAUAUGCGACCCAAAUCGACUGCUACCACGAGUCCUCAAUGACCACAGCGAAACAGAUCUACGACUUGCGCGUGUUCGAACCAGUUUUGAAGCCGGUGAUAACACCAAUUUGGAAAUGUCCAUCUCCAAAUAUUACUCUGAGCUGCUCUGUCUCCAAUAGAGCAAAUGUUACAUUCCACUGGGAAAUUCUAUUCCUGUCUGAAAGCACCAACAGAACAGAACAUGGGCCGGAACUGGUGGUGAACCAUGAGAAUGAGUGGAAACAAUACACAUUCAGGUGCAUAGUGAAGAACAGAGUCAGUAAUGCAAGUAAUGAUCUAACUAUCACAGAGUUGUGCAAUCAAAAUAAUUUUGCACGUGACCUCCUCAUUUACAUAUCUGCAGCAACUUUGCUGUUAAUUUUUCUUUUAAUUGGACGUAACUACCGAAAAAUAAAGCAGUAUGCCCAUGAUAAACAAUGCAAGAGGGAGAAAAAAAGGCCUGGAGAGAAAGUGUUUUUUCUUCAAGAUGGAAUUAUUGAACCCACAUAUAUUGAUACUUUCGUUUCACGCUAAAAGCAGCCCAUUAACUGGACAGUCAUUCUUGUACUGUUUGCCACCAAUUGAAAACUGGAAGAAAAUGAGUGAACCUCGACUGCUGCAGAAUGAGGAUCAGUUACAGUGACCUUCAACCAACUCUGUAUGACAGUACCCUGGAACAACAAUGAGUUUCAUGGCAUUACCAUUGCCCAACUGAAUGCAAAAAAAAUCAAAGCCUGAAUUCCAAGCAUACAUCUCCACAAGAGGAUGUAUUUGAUGAUUAUAAGAGGCCUGGUACUUUAUAUUUCUGAAAUACAUCAGCUGAAGGAAAUUUGAUUUACUGUGACUAACCUGAGGAUAUUGUUUCCAGUUGUAUCAUUCUGUACAGUGUCUCCAGCUAAAUGUUCAUGCGCAUUUGUCAGUUAGGGUGAAAUUAACUUUUCUGCAUUGCAUAACUGUAGAUUAAGACUGAGAAUGGGGCACAAAACUGGAAUUUAUGAUUGCCAAUUUUAAUGAAAAUUUUCAUCCACCAACCCCUUACUGUCACUUUUGCAUGUUGAUCGACCCCCAUGAGGCUGAACAUUGUAAAAAGCACUGUGACAUGCUGCAGAUAAUGUGAUCAAUAACAAAAAGUGUUGAUGAGUUGAGUGGAUGUUUGGUUUCUAAGGUCACCUGGACUACCCUCCUUUCAUUAAAAGUAGAUGGCAAGAGUGAGGAUGUGUGCCUGAAUUUCCUCGUCACAAUGCGUUAGAAUUUCAAGAGAGAAUUUCAAGAAUUUCAUCUAUCUCCAUGUCCAUUUCUUUACUUCCAACAGAAUAUGAUCUAUUUGAGUUCUUGUCAGGCAUGGCAGCAAGUCUGAACCAACAGGUACUGACUGACCAUGAAAACCAGGAGAAAAAGAAAAUCGAGUCAGUCCAUAGUGGGAUUUGUUAUCUUUUAUCAGUGAGACAAAUCAUAAUUACUGUCAAAUAACUUCCCUGGCAAUAGACCUUUAAUUGUAAAAGUAAGGUCUCAUACUUUCAAAGUAUAAAUAUUACUGAGUUUUGCAGUUUAAAAACUUUGAUGUUUAUGUUGUUUCACCUUACAUUGGGUGAUACAGGUCAGAGGCAAUUAUGCUUGUAUUAGAAUGAUAUUGUGUCAGAUGUGAUUGUUAAUCAUUCAGCCUAUAUCUGGAUAUCAUCUAUGCAGAUGCUGGAAUAAACUAUUAUUGCCUCGAGCUGUGAUAACAUAUUUACUUUCACAGUUUUGUUCCAUUACCAAUAGAUUAGCAAGUGAAUCCUCUUUCUGCUUCAUCCAGAACAAUUCACCAGGCCUCCAGACCUGUGCCAAAGUUUCUGUUGAAUUGGAAAUGACAUCCUGUGGGCUAAGUUAACCAUUUUUUUUCCCCCAGACAUAAAAGUAUCAGCUUUAGUGAGUAAUUCCUGAUAAAGAAAAUAUUAGGAUUCUCUCUAUCAAAUAAGUGGAAUUGCCUGUCACUUUUACACCAUAAUCCACCAAAGGCCUUGCAACACAAUGUCCUGGCACAUUCUACUGUAGGGGGAAAAUAUCUAAAGUCUCAUGAUAACAUAAUUAGGAAUUCCAUUGAAAUGCUAUGAACAAAUGGAAACAUUUUGAUCUUUUUCAGAAAAUGAUUUUUAGAUUUAUGUAAAACUAAAUACAUCUCAAAUCUUAUGUUAUAAAACUCCAAAAUCAAAAGCCUUCCUACGCAUGGUGUCCACAGACAGAAAGCAGGAGGGAGGCCUGUUCAUUCAAUGUCCUUUUAACAGCUGAAUGGGAAACAUGUCACUUGAGAAAUUGGGCAGUGGGGUUGUAUAACAGAGAAUGGCUGGAAACACAGAUACUAGUCUCUCAGUGAGAUAUGCUUUUUUUCCCCAGCAACAUUGCUGUGGUCUUCAUCUGAUGUUUUUGAAUGCAACGGGGAUUGGUGCUCUUACUCAAAUCAGCCCAGAGAAAAAUAAGUGUUAAUAGCUAACUGGGUGAGGCAAGGAGAUAGUACAAGUGAAGAUAUUCCUAGCCAUGGAGAUAUAACAAGCAUUCUUUGAUGUAAGUAAAUUUCUUAAAUGAAACUGGCAAGCUGGGGCACUUUAAAGAAAAGGCAGCUGAAAAAUACUUUAGCCCAGAAUAUUUGACAAUGUAAAACAUAUUAGAAAAUAAUAUAAAAAGCAAGAAAAUAAUUAAACAUAGUGAUAUCUAUCCUUUCAUUUUGGCAGAAUGCAGAAAUUUCCUCUACCAAAGUGCAUGACCAUACAUUUCGUGACACUGUAUUCUGUGUGCCAAUUCUUUGUCCAUUCUCCUAAUCUGUUCCAGUCCUCCUGUAGCCUCUCAAUUUCUUCAAAACUACCGGCCCCUCAACCUAUCUUCAUAUCAUUCACAAACCUGGCCACAAAGUGAUCAGUUUCAUCAUCCAAGUCACUGACAUAUAACGUAGAAAGAAUCAGUCCCAGAACAGACCCCUGUGGAACACCACUAGUCACUGGCAGCCAACCAGAAAAGGCUCCAUUUAUUUGCACUCCUUGCAGCCUGCCAAUCAGUCACUGUUUUAUCCAUGCUAGUAUCUUACCUGUGUUAGAGUGAUUUUUGGGUUUAACACAUUUACAUUUAGCAAAUGACUUCAGCCACCAGUCUUCAUAUCUAAAUAUGUAUUGUGGAUUUGAUCUUAAUGCAGUUCUAAACAAUAGGUUCACAGACCAGGCAGACCAGGAAACAGGCACUUAGCUGAUUGUCUGCAUAUGCAUGAGUCCUAUCAACAUUCCAACACAUGGAUGCGCUUUUUUUGGGUGUGAUGGUGUGAAGAUUGUAAAUAUGAAUUUGUUUGAAUUGUCCUGAAUUUUUUUUUUACGUUAGCACAUAAAGUGUGCAUUGUACUGGCAUAGGUAGAGCUUUCCAUCAAAAGCAUUUCCAUACGAUGCCUGCUGUACCUUGUUUUGUCAAAUAAAAAAUCUGCU